CAGGAGAGCUGAGUUGCUUUGGAUGACAGUUUGCUUCAGGCAGCCCUGGAGACCAUUGAAUAGAGGGGAGAAAACACAGCAAGGGGACUGACCUGGGGAUAAAAUGGAGACUGACUGCAACUCAGAGUAUGAUGGAUCACCUGAUGUCUCCGUGGAAGAUGAGGAGGAUGAGGAUGAAGAGGGACCCCAAGAACAACAGCUUACGCGCAGCAGUUUAAAAAAACUUAACCAGAAUGAAGAGGUGAAAUCCAAGUUGUCUGAUGCUAUGGAUGCUGUUCAAAGUGAAGAUAGUGGGUUGACAUGGGAGACCAGUUCGAGUAGAUGUUCCACAUCCCAGGCCUCAGAAACUAGCACUACAUCCGGUGUUUAUAGUAUGGAAAAUUCAUUCAUGGAUUGUCCCCCAGGAAAAGUUAUGUUUCCAAUGGAUGAGGAAAAGACGGCUCAGAAAAGACCAAGCAGCUCACCAGAUCAGAGACCAUUGUCUCCAAAUGAGAAGAUCAGCACGGACAGUACAAAAUGCGACUUUUCCAGAAAGCCAAUGCAAGUAAAAGCUCAAGAAAGAGAAUUAGAUCCCUCUGAUCCACACUCAUGGCCCUUUCAAGUACAACCAUCUAAGAUUAAAGAUUACUUGGUACAAAUCACCCAGGACGUUGCAGAUUCAUUGCCAGAAGAAAAAGAAAAUGCUUUGAUGAAGAAGGGAGAGUUGCCUCUCAAAGGUACGGUGAGAGCUAGGAUUCAGCUUAUCACUGCAGUGCUGGAAGAAAGACAUAAAAAGAUUUUCCGGAGGGUGAACGGAAAAGAUUUGCCUCCUCCUCCAGAUGUAAUCAAGAAGCCGAGGGAACAGCCCAAAAUUUUCUCCAGGCAAGGCAUCUCUGUAUCUUUAAGGCAUAUUGAACGAGAUGCCACCGAUAAGAAUAACAAGAAGGAAAUUUUGCGUUAUAAUCUCAAGCACGUGGAGACAAAUAUUUCAAAGUCUGGUGCGUCUGUUCCCUAUAACAAAGAUGAGAAGCGAAUGCGGCGAUCUUUUCUGCCCGAAACUCUAAAUAAGGCUUCUGAAAAGCUACCACCAAUUUCAUCGCUCCUGGCUGACAAAGCAAAGAAGCCAGAUACCAAAUCAUAUUCACUUGGAAUGCAAACAUCUGUCCCAGAACAGGUAAGCUUUGCUCCAGAUCGUCCUGACAAAACAGAAAAAAGGGAAUCACAAGCUCUUCUUGCUGGUACAGCAAAGGUCAUGCCAGAAGAGUCAGCCAACCUCCUUGCUGAGAUGGAGAGGCAGGAAAUGCAAGAUUAUUCACCAGUGACCACAGAGGACACCGAUAGAUCAGAAAAACCAAAGGCUCUGCUAGAGAGGGAAACAGUUCAGCCUUGCUCACCUGUUUCUGCUGAACCUCUUUCUUAUCCUGUGAGCAAACCAGAGAAUCAGUCCGACUCAAUGGUAACUGUGCUAUCAGAAACCACAGCCCAGGAUGUGCAAUACCCAAAUAAUGCUGUAGCUAUGCAGCAUGCAUCUGAGCAGUCUGUUUCAGCUGAAACUAGAAACCAAGAUAUUGAAUUCACAGCCCCUUCACAAUUAGAGAUCAAAGACGCAGCCUUGUUGCAUUCUGCUGAAGAAACAGGGAAACAAGCUGUCCCUCUUUACUCACCUGAAACAGCAGAGCCUCUGUCCAAACAGGCAGAACUACCACCUUCUGUUAGCUCCGCAGAAGAGCAAGAAAAGGAACAGUCAGAGGUGGGACGCUCAAAAGAAGUAGUGCAGGAGCAAUUGGCCAUGUGUUUACAAGCAGAGUCGGGGCAUCUGCACGUGUUGCAUUCAAUGAAAGAACCAGAGCCUGGAGAAACUGUAACUGAUUUAGGUUCUACAACUAGCAGAAUAGAAACACAAGAACCCCAGAUUGGUUCAUAUACAACUACAGAAAAGCAUUCUGAGCUUUUGCAGCCCUCAUAUUUUACAGAUGAAGCAGAGCAAAAGGAAAAAGAGCAUCUUGAAUCAGAAUUCACAAAGCAAGCUGCGACCGCACAGGAUUCUGUGACCGCAUUCCUAGAGCCGAAGCAUCCAGAUGAGUCACACUUAAGAGGCCAAGGGGAGAUUCAGACUGCACAGCCAGAAACUCAGCAUCCCGAUUCCUCUCUCCCCAUUGCUGAUGCUCACAGACAAGAAACUCACUCAGACUCUACAGCAGUAGCACAACCAGAAAGUGAACAUCCAGUUAUCUCUGAACCCAUAAAGGCACCACAGGGAUCAGAACACUUGGAGCCAUCACAUCUGAAAGCUGAAGAAGUAAAGCAAGACUCCCCUUUUGAAAUGCAUUCUGAGCUUCCGCAGCCCCCCUAUUUCACAGGUGAAGCAAAGAAAAAAGAAAAAAAGCGUAUGGAAUCAGAAUUCACAAAGCAAGCUGCUCCGGCACAGGACUCUGUGACCACAUUCCUAGAGCCGAAACAUCCAGAUGUGUCACAUUCAAGAGGCCAAGGAGAGAAUCAGACGGCACAACCAGAAACUCCGUGUCCCGAUUUAUCCCUCCCUGUUGCUGAUGCGCACAUGGAAGAAACUCGCUCAGACUCUAGAGUAAUAGCACAACCAGAAAGUGAACAUCCAGUUAUUUCUGAACCCAUAAAGGCAUCACAGGGAUCAGAACCCUUGGGGCCAUCAUAUCUCAAAACUAAAGUAAAGCAAGACUCUUCUGUUGAAGAGCAUUCUGAGCUUCCACUGACCUCUUAUUUUACAGGUGAAGCACAGCAAAAAGGAAAAGAGCAUCUGAAAUCAGAAUUCACAAAGCAAACUGCUCAGGCACAGGUCUCUGUGAGCACAUCCCUAGAGCCAAAGCAUCCAGAUGUAUCAUACUCACAUGGCCAAGGGGAGAUUCAAACUGCACAGCCAGAAACUCAGUGCCCCGAUUUAUCCCUCCUUGUUGCUGAUGUCCACAGAGAAGAAACUCACUCAGACUCUACAGCAAUAACACACCCAGAAAGUGAACAUCCAGUUAUCUCUGAACCGAUAAAGGCACCACAGGGAUCAGAAUCCUUGGGGCCAUCACAUCUCAAAGGUAAAGAAGAAAAUAAAUACUCCCCUGCUGAAGCACUCAACUUGUCAGAGCAGCUACCACCUAUUUCAUCUCUUCUGACUGAAAAUACAGAAAAGCAGGAAACUCAGUUGACUUCACUAGUAACUGCAGCACCACUGUCAAAGCAGCCACACUCUGUUUUACCAUGUCCAACUGAACAAAUGGCAAAGCAAGAGAAUCUGCCCCAACUUCCUGAGAUAGCUACUGUGGCAGCAGAAGCAUCAUUCACCACUGCGGCCUUCCAAAAUGAGGAAGUGACAGAAGUAGAGUUUCAGCCCUUGUUGCCCACAGAAGUUUCAUCAGAAGAAUUACUGCCGAUUUCAAGAGAGCCAGAUGUUGCCAUGGAGAGGAAAACAACUCACCUUGUUUCACCUUUACCUGGCGAACCUCCAAGUGAAGCAUCUGUUCUGUCCCAAGAAAAAGUGAGGUUAGAAAACCAGCUCUAUCCAUCUAUGAAUGCAAGGCUGUGCUCUGAGAGUCAGGAUGAAUCCCAUCCCACCAUAAAUGAAGGCCAGCAAGAAGGCUGGUUUGAGCUGGACCGUUUGGUUGAAUUUCAAUCAAGAAAGCAGACUAUGAAACAGAAUUCUUCUGUAUCAUUCCAGCUGGAAGAAACAAUUGCAUUGCACUCUGUUGAUGAAGGAGAGAGAAACGAUAGGCAUCCUGACAAACCCAUCACUAAGCCUGGGCAUCCAGAUCCAUUGCAUCCUGAUUGUGUUCUGGAAAAGCAGGAGAGGACACAGACUGAUAUUGAGAAAACUACUCAGCAGUUAUCACAUACAGUUCUACCAAUGGAAGCAGAUACAUUACAGUCAGCAGAAGAAGCAGAGAUAAAUGGGAUCCCACCUCAUUUGCCUGCAACUGCACAAAAUUUAUCCAACUCAGUUUAUUUACUGGGAACGCAAGAAAAGCAGUGUGUUUUAACAGAAACAGCAACCCUAGAUUCUGUACCAUCCAUUACAGCCGAAGCAGAGAAAUACAACACUACAGAACCUGAAUCAAAACAUAUGGGAAAGCAAAGUAUUCAGGCUGUACCUGCAGAGUUAGAGCCAGACUAUCCAAAUGUGUCACAUUCCAUAUCUGAAUCAGGAAAGCCUUUAGAUGUAUCUUUCCCAUUUCCAAGUGCAGAGGAAAGAGACCUUCAAUCACAUCGGUCUGUGACUUCAGAAUCAGAUGGUGAAGGCCCAAUUUCAUCAGAAAGGAAGAGAGAAGAAGCUGGACUUCAUUCACUCAUCACGCCAAUGUCAGAAUGGGAAUGUCCUACUGCUGCUCCAGAAACACAGAGAAGCCAAAAGGGUUUAUUUGAUAGUUCAUUGAAUGAGGUAUCCAAACCAUCUCUAAUAAUGGUAUCACUUGUUCCUGAUGAAAUAAAGCAUCAGGCAGUUGCUGCAGAGACCACAGUCAGUUCAGUGCUGGCCUCAGAACAGGCAAACUUCCUUUCACCGGAGCGUAAGGACAAAGCUGAGCAAGAAGGAAGUCAGUUCCCUUUUCCUACUGAGACUCCAAGAAUGGUUCCUGAAGACUCACCAUCCUUUACAACUUUCCCCGUUGGUGAAGCCAGGGAAGAGCCGCUUUAUUCACCUAUGGCCCCAAAGAUUGGGACAGAGGAAUCAAACUCCAUCCCCGAAGACUUUGUUUCUGUAGAAGUAAAGGAAAUGGUUCCUCCUGUCUCAGAACUACUUUCUCCUGAAACCAUUUCAUCAUAUGUUGCUGCUGUAGGAGAGAAACAAGACCAGUCAAAACAUAUGAGAAAGCAAACUAUUCAAGCUGAAACUGCAGAGUUAGAGCCAGACUUUCCAAAUGUGACACAUUCAGGAUCUGAAGCAGGAAAACUUUUAGAUGCAUCCUCCCCAGUUCCAAGCACAGAGGAAGGAGACCUUCAAUCACAUCGGUCUGUGACUUCAGAAUCAGAUGGUGAAGGCCCAAUUUCAUCAGAAAGGAAGAGAGAAGAAGCUGGACUUCAUUCACUCAUCACGCCAAUGUCAGAAUGGGAAUGUCCUACUGCUGCUCCAGAAACACAGAGAAGCCAAAAGGGUUUAUUUGAUAGUUCAUUGAAUGAGGCAUCCGAACCAUCUCCAGUAGUAGUAACAUUUGUUCCUGAUGAAAUAAAGCAUCAGGCAGUUGCUGCAGAGACCACAGUCAGUUCAGUGCUGGCCUCAGAACAGGCAAACUUCCUUUCACCGGAGCUUAAGGACAAAGCUGAGCAAGAAGGAAGUCAGUUCCCUUUUCCUACUGAGACUCCAAGAAUGGUUCCUGAAGACUCACCAUCCUUUACAACUUUCCCCGUUGGUGAAGCCAGGGAAGAGCCGCUUUAUUCACCUAUGGCCCCAAAGAUUGGGACAGAGGAAUCAAACUCCAUCCCCGAAGACUUUGUUUCUGUAGAAGUAAAGGAAAUGGUUCCUCCUGUCUCAGAACUACUUUCUCCUGAAACCAUUUCAUCAUAUGCUGCUGCUGUAGGAGAGAAACAAGACCAGUCAAAACAUAUGAGAAAGCAAACUAUUCAAGCUGAAACUGCAGAGUUAGAGCCAGACUUUCCAAAUGUGACACAUUCAGGAUCUGAAGCAGGAAAACUUUUAGAUGCAUCCUCCCCAGUUCCAAGCACAGAGGAAGGAGACCUUCAAUCACAUCUGCCUGUGACUCCAGAAUGGGAAGGUGAACACCCAGUUUCAUCAGAAAGGGAGAAAGACGAAAGUGGACUUUAUCCAUUUAUAACUCCUACAUCAAAAGUGGAAUGCCCUACUGCUGCUCCGGAAACACAGGGAAGCCAAAAUGAUUCAUUUGAAAGUCCAUUGAAUGAGGUAUCCAAACCAUCUCUAAUAAUGGUAUCAUUUGUUCCUGAUGAAAUAAAGCAUCAGGCAGUUGCUGCAGAGACCACAGUCAGUUCAGUGCUGGCCUCAGAACAGGCAAACUUCCUUUCACCGGAGCUUAAGGACAAAGCUGAGAUAGAAGGAAGUCAGUUCCCUUUUCCUGCUGCGAUUCCAAAAAUGGUGCCAGAAGAGUCACCAUCCUUUACAACUUUCCCCGUUGGUGAAGCCAGGGAAGAGCUGCUUUAUUCACCUAUGGCCCCAAAGAUUGGGACAGAGGAAUCAAACUCCAUUCCAGAAGAUAUUGUUUCUGAAGAAGUGAAGGGAAUACAUCCUCCUCUUUCAUUGUAUGCGACUGUAGGAGAAAAACAAGAGCAGUUUCAUUCAUUUUUUAAUGAAGAGUCUCUGGCUGCUGAAAAAGAAGAUAUGCAAGAUGCUCAGUUUAAUUUCCUUGUUACUGCACAGUCUGAAAUGAGGAAUCAGGAUUUCCAGCCAUAUUGUCCUACGACAACACAGCCAGAGCUAGAAGAUUUGACCUUAUUGAAUUCAACUGAAGAGGUCAGGAAACAAGAGACCCCUCUAUGUCCACCUUCUGCUUUGCCAUCUGCACCCAGACAUCAAGAAUUAUUGGGUCACAAGGGAGAACAAGGAACUCAAGAAAGGAUAAUGUUGGAGUCUGAACAUUCAAAGGAGCAUGAUGCUACUUUAAAGCCAUCUAUCAUGCAACAGGAAUUGGAACAAGUAAAGUUACUGCGGUUAGUAAAAGAAUCAGCCAUAGAAGGAAAUCAGCCUUAUUCUUCUAUAACUGUUCAAGAUUCACCCCAAGCAGCUGAUGAGACAGAAAGACAGCAACACCAGGGCUCUGUUUCUCAAACUGCAGAAGUGGGUUCUGGAGUUUCUAUGUUAUCAGAGUUGAUGGAUGAAGCAAAGAAACAAGAACUUCCUCCACCACUGUCUGAAGUUGCUCCGUUAGAAUGUAAAGACUCUGUUUUGUCCACAGUGGAAUGGGGGGAAGUCCAACAUCCACUGGAUCUGGGACAUUUAGGUUUAUCUCAUUCCACAGAAACACAGCUCUCUUCAUCUGAAGCACAAAAUCAGACUUCCAAACAACCACCAUCAGUUUCAUCUCUGCUCACCAAGGAAGUGGAGGAGCAGGAAGUCAAGUCACAUCCAGCAGCAGCCUCAAUGUCAUCAUCUGUCUUGAGUCAAUCCAGCUCUGCCCUGCUGGAUCUAAUGGAAGAGGACGAGAAACAAAAAAAUCAGCCUUGCUCUCCUGAGGUAGCAAAUGUGAUGCCAGAAGAGCCCUUGUCCAUUGCUGCAUUCCUUCUUUCUGAGGCAAAAACAAUACAUGCAUCUUUUCGUCAAACCUCAGAAACAGAGACUCUAGAUGCUAAAUCUUCUUUCAAGGAAGCUGGUUUGUUGAUCGAAAGAUCAGGAAGUGCUUCAGCUCUUCCUCCUGAGACAAAUGUAACGAUGAAGAGAGAAGACCAGCCUUCUACAACACAUUUUGAGUCCGAACAGUUUGCUAGUAAACCUCAAGCAGAUGUUAUUUCAAGAUGUUCCCUUGAAGGUAUAAAGGAAAACAUCCCUGAUAUUCCUCCACUACCUAAUGUAAUUCUGAAUGAGCCUUCCAAUGCCUUGAUACUAGAACCCAUGAAUUAUACCCACACACUUAACCUACAUUCAUCACUAAGUUUAGAAGACUCAGAUACAACUGUCAACAAGGCUAUGGUGGAGAGAGCUCUGAAAGAACCUGAAAUCUACUUACAAAAAGAAAAGGACUUAAAAGAUGAUGAGAAAUGGAGUGAAGAAUCCAUACCUGCUCCUGAACUUGAUCAAGGAAAUGACACAUUUGCUAUUUCUGAAGGUUGCGAGGAAGCAAAUAUUCAUGUUCCUCCACUAAUUUCUUCUGCUGACAAAGAAGACAAGCAUGUACUAGAGAGUUUAGAAUGCUUGGAAAAAGUUCCAGUGCUGAAAGCAAAACCAUUUGAUGAGGCUGAAGGUGUGGUUGUUGACCAUGAACCUUCAGUGUGUAAACUGAAUGGAAAAACUUUAGAAGGCUUAAGAGCAGACAACCGUGAAACUAAGGGAAAUGAAUCAAAGGAACUUGUCAAAGAAAAAGAUGCCCAGGAAAAUGUAGAAACCACAAUGGAAGUUUCUUUUGUUCCAGAAAACAUGGGUGAUGGCAUUUUAAAUGCCACUCGUAUUGAUUACAUUGAAAAGUAUACCUUGAUUGAUGAUGCUUCCUUCACCCAGACAGGAAAAGAACAGCUUCUUAAAGAUGUGCAGAGGCCAUUUGAUGUUACAAAUGAAAAUUCUGAGGAAGGUACAUCUCCAGUUGCAAGCGCAGAGAAUACUUUAGAAUUGUCUUUAUUAGAAAGAGAUUUCAAUAAAGCCAAGAAAGAAAACACCCAUGAAGACACUUCGAAGAUAUUAAAUGAAGAUGAAACUGUGAGAGGAAAUUAUGAAAACACAGAGGGUGAACCUAACUUAGUAGGUGCUGAUACACCCUUAUUUAACUCAGAAAAAGAUGAAUUAUCCCAAUCUCCGUUAUUUCCCUUGCCUGUCACUGCAGUGAACCCUGAGCUUCUGGAGGUGCCACCUACUUUGGCAUUUUUCUACAAAGAUCUCUAUAAAGAAAUAGUGGAAGGAACUAAAGAAGAUAGCAGCAAAUGUCCAUCCAGUGAAGAAACUGACAAGCCUUUUCAUACUAGACGCCAUGCUUCAGAUGAUGGGUCUGGAAUAUACUUUGAAAAGGACAUUCCCAAUGAUUAUACUCCAAAUAAUUUGGAAGAAUCCCAGAAGGAGAAAGUUCUAAAAGAUCAGCCUAUUAAUGAACAAGCUUUAAACCAAACAAGAGUCUCAGAAAUUACAUGGGAACCAAGUGAAAAGGUUCACGAGCCUAUUCACACUCUAGCUGAAGCAAAUGCCCAUAGAGGGCUCUUAUCACCAAGUGGAGUUGUGGAGGGUCUGAGUGAUACAUUGAUAGAGAGGCCAACUGAGAUUGUGAGUGACAUAAAAGUUGGGAUUUGCCAGCCAACACAUGCAAUUCCUUUUGGAAGUGGGCUCUACAGCUCGGGUGCAAGCAAUGAUGAUAGCAGUCAAAGAAGAGAAGAAGAAUCCUUGUCUGAAGAAACAGACCAAGUGUUACCCGAGGAGACGAGUGAUGAGGAGUCUAGUCCAAUACUUGAUUAUGCAGCAACUGUCUAUCAAAAUGAAGCACUUGUGCAAGAUGAAUCACAGAAUGUUGCUUGUUUGGAAGUUGACCAAAACCAACAAUCUGAAAUAACAGAAGUUCACGAAGUUGAUAAUUAUGUUGUCAGAAAACCUGUUGAAGAAAGCACACGUUCUCUUGAAGCAUUGCAGCAUGUUGACAGUCACCAGCAAAGUGAUGGACAACCAGAAGGCAAGUUAAUGUCAGUCCUUGACGAGCCCAUGGCACAAGAUGCACAUCCUUUAGAUCAGGAGCAUCUCCCAUAUUUGGACACUGAGAGGCAAACUUCUGAAAAAAGCAUUGGAGAAAAUAUUGCCCAGGAACUAACUGAACACAACAUAGAAACAAUAGACCAACUAGAACCAGAAGCAAUAAAUGAUAAACCAUUUGUGGAAUUGGACUACUCUCUCCUGUCACAUGAUUUUGAUACCUAUCCAUUGUACUCAAUAAAAGAAGAAGAGUACAGUGACACUGAUGAAGAUCUAGCUGAGCUUAUGGACUAUGAAAUGGUUGGCCGUGAUGACGUCUUUCGGGAAGAAACCUCCUCAGAAGCGGCUCAUGAAGAACUGCUGUUUGACGACAGAAAAUCCUCAGAUCAUAUUAGUGAUAGUUAUGAAUUUGUGAAUGAAAGAGAAGCAAGUAUGUAUGCUGAAGAAGAGGAAUUUGAGUUGAUGGAUUCUGGAAAGCCACCAAGAAAUGCUCCAGAAACUGAGAUCCUACAGAAAGAAAUAGAGCAGGCAGAUUUGGAUACCUACUGCUACCAGUGUAAAUGUCCCAUCUCUGGUGAGGACAAGCUCUUUGGGGAGCAUAAAGAGCAUGAUGUGACGGACUUGGAUACAGCCGUGGCUUUAUUAAAGGGUCAAUUGAAUGGAUUCCUAGAUGUUUUGCAAGAAAGGGCUUUGAAGAUUGAGGGGUUUGUCAGUGAAAUAGAGGCUCUGUUUAAUUCUCUUGAGGAAAACUGUAAGGAAAAGGAACAGCUUUUGGAAGAGCAAAAUGAAAGCAUUGUCAAGAUGGUGAUAGGCCAUCAUGACAGAAAGGCACAGAGCUUUGAGGAAACAAAGAACACAAAAAUGGAGUAUCUUUAUGAACAGAUGGUGAAUUUUCAAGAAUAUAUCGAUACAGCAAAAGAUACUCUGGAGGCUAUAAUAAAGGGAACUGAGGGAAUGGAUGAUUUUGUUUUCCUAAAGUCAUCGGAAGAAAUAAACAAAAGGUUACUUUCUUCAGUGGAGAAUAUUCUAACUUUGGAAAAGAUGCCUGCUGCAUUCUCACAGUUUGAACAUUAUGCAGGUGGUUCAGCAAAUGGUGAACAGACCUUAAAACACAUGCCUGUGCCUCACACUCCCAAAUUACAUCCCCAGGAUCCAAGCUCAGCUACCAGCACAUCGAUUGCAGUGUAUUGGACUGUGAAUGAAGAUGAUGUCAUUGAUUUCUUCCAGGUUUAUUGCAUGGAGGAGUAUCCGGGAAGCAAAGAACAAAGCGGCUUGGUAGAAGAAUAUCGUGUCACUGUGAAGGAGAGCAACUGCAUUUUGGAAGAUCUGGAACCUGGUCACUCUUACAGUGUAUGGGUUAUGGCUGUGAAUCACACCGGAUGUAGCUUUCCCAGUGACAAAUCCACAUUUAGAACUGCUCCCCCAACUCCUGUAAUAAAGGCAGAAGAAUGUACUGUGUGUUCGGAUACUGCCACCAUUCGAUGGAGCACUGGCCACCCAGAAGCGACAGAUUCCUUCACGCUCGAGUAUUGCAGACAGUACUCUCCUGAAGGGGAAGGUCUCAGAUCUCUAGCUGGAAUUAAAAGACCUGAAAUGAAGGUUCGUCUAGAGUCAAAUGUAAAUUAUUUCUUCUACGUGAGAGCAGUUAACACUUUCGGAAUGAGUGAACAGAGCGAAGCUGCUCUCAUCUCAACAAAAGGAACUAGAUUUCACAUAAUGAAAGGAACAGCUCACCCUGCAUUGCAAGUGUCACCGAAUGGAACCAUGAUAUGCCUUGCUGAGGGCAGUAAAUUUGCUGGAACCUCACCAAUACUGGGCGAGCUCUUGUCCACUCGAGGACAACACUAUUGGGAAACCACUGUGACUGGCUGUGCAGCUUAUAAGGUUGGGAUCUGCUACUCCCCUGUACGACCAGACAGCGUCCUGGGGCAGAACGAUACCUCCUGGUGCUUGCAUUGUCCGAGCAAAACAAGUUUUCUAUAUAAAGUCCUCCACAACGGUGAGAUGAGUGAUGUCAUUGUGACAGAACAGCCGCCCCGGAUUGGCAUUCUGUUGGACUAUAAUACUGGAAGGCUUUUAUUUUUCAAUGCAGAAAGAGGUCAAGUGCUGUCUGCCAUCAGGCACAAAUUCACAGAAGCUGCACAUCCUGCCUUUGUGUUGGAGCAUCCAGGAGUCCUUAACCUGCAUACGGGCAUGGAGCUACCAGAGUUUGUGGAGCAAAGCUAAAUGUUUUCUUUCAAGCCACUUGCAA